UGUGGCUUGCCCUGGGCAGCUAGCUAGCUAGCUUCGUCUUCCUUGAGCAACCGCCCUUCCUCCUCCCCUUCCUCUUGCUUGUUGCUUCUAUAAAAGAGGCCCCGCGACCCAGCUCCCAAAAUUUCAGGUCUCUCGCCAUUUCCACCUUCCCCUAUAGCUUGAGCUGCCCAUGCCAAGGGGCAGCGUAAUUAAUUAGAUCGAUCCGUACUGCUCGAUCUAGCUGCUAGUGGAUUAGUAAUCAUCAGUUGUUGAUGACAAUUGAUCUUGGUCUAGCUCCGGCGCCGGCGCCGUCGUCGUCCGGCGGGCGCGGCGGCGGCAUGGCGAGCCCGUGCGCGGCGCUCCCGCCGGGGUUCCGGUUCCACCCGACGGACGAGGAGCUCAUCCUCCACUACCUCCGCAAGCGCGCCGCCGCCGCGCCGUGCCCGGCCCCAAUCAUCGCCGAGGUCGACAUCUACAAGUUCGACCCAUGGGACCUGCCAGCCAAGGCGAUUUUUGGGGAGGCCGAGUGGUACUUCUUCAGCCCGAGGGACCGCAAGUACCCCAACGGCGUGCGCCCCAACCGCGCCGCCGGAUCCGGCUACUGGAAGGCCACCGGCACCGACAAGCCCAUCACGCUCUCCUCCUCCUCCUCCGGCGCCGGCGCGGCGGCGGCGCCCGACCCGUCGUCCGACAGCCGCGCCAUGAUCGGCGUCAAGAAGGCGCUCGUCUUCUACAAGGGCCGCCCGCCCAAGGGCUUGAAGACGAGCUGGAUCAUGCACGAGUACCGCCUCGCCGAGGCGCUCGCCGCCGCCAACACCUACAGGCCCAUGAGGUUCAAGAACUCCUCGUCCAUGAGGCUGGAUGACUGGGUGCUGUGCCGGAUCUACAAGAAGACCACGCCGCAGCUGUACUGCUCGCCGCCGCACGACGACGAGACCUCCAUGGACGGCGGCCUCGACCUCGGCCGGCAGCACGACGGCUCGUCGGCCUCCGUCGGCGACAUCGUCGCCGCGUACGCGCCCGCCGGGGGCCUUCCGCGCCCGGCCUCCAUCUCGGACUACCUCGUGGACUUCAACUACUCGCCCGUGUCCGAGCUGCUCGAGAGCAUGCCGGCGCCGGAGACGGCGGCGCAGCUCGGCACCAUGGACGCAGCAGGCAGGUUGUUCUACGCCGCAAAUCACGGCGAGGCAGCAGCUAGCAGCAGCUCCACGGCGCAGCAGCAGAGCUCGCACAAGAGGCGAUUCAUGGAGGAUUACUCCAACAGCGACUUGAACCUGCUACACGCGUCGUCCAGCAAGAGGGUGAUGAGCGAUCAGCUGGCAUCAUCCAUGGCCAGCAACCUCGCCUUCUCCUCCGUGUUUGAACCGGGCCAGACUUCUCUGCCGGACAGAAUAUGACGCAUGCGUGUGCUCCCUCACUGCUAAUUAGGGCUAGGAAACAAUAUUCAUUAUUUGAUUAGUAUUGUUGCAGAGGGAUUUAUCAUGUACUGUAUCAAUUAGAAAUAAUAUAAACAAAAGUAUUGUAUUGUAAAGAUAGAUGAAUUAGGGGGGGGGGGGAAGAAUUAGAGUGACCAUGUCACUAGGAAUAUAGCUAGGUCUGAUUUAGAUGUAGUGUUAAUGUGUGCAGCUAGCAGAUAGGUAGCUUGAAACAUGUAAGAACACACACUUUGUUGAAUAAUAGAACUCUGUGAUAUAUA